AUGACAAACACUGAUAUUGACACGAUUAAAACUGUUCUCAAACGAAUAGAGGAUGUAUCAGCAGAUGAAUUAGUCUGUUCAAUUACAUUUGAACGCUUUCAUGAUCCUGUAAUUGCUGGUAAUGGACAUAUUUAUGAACGUACUGAAAUCAUACGAUGGAUUAGAGAAAAAGGAACAAGUCUAUUAAUAAGAGAACCUUUUCGUCUCGCGGAUAUACGUAAAGAUGAAGCAAUAUGUGAAGCUAUAACUCGUCAUUAUGCAGAUAUUAAUCAUGAACUAUCAAGAAUUUCUACAAUAGAACAAAAUAUUCCAUUACCGACACCUAUUGUACCAAAUCAUCGAUUUCUACCAAUACAAUCUUAUAAUCCUAUACCAAGACGCAACUUUUGA